AUGUACACUGAUCAUAUGAGCACUGAUGAUCAGUGUGCCCUGAUGAUCAGUAUAGCCCCAGCAGUGCCACCUGUCAGUGUCCAUCAUUGCCUCGUGCCAGUGCACAUCAGUGCUACAUAUCAGUGCCCAUCUGAGCUGCUUUUCAGUGUCACCCAUCAGUGCCGCCUAUAAGUGCCUGUCAGUGCCGCGUGUCAGUGCCAGGUAUUAGUGCUGCCUUUCAGUGCCCAUCAGUGAUGCCUGUCAAUGCCCAUCAGUGCCACCUACCAGUGCUUCCUCAUUAGUGCCACCUAUCAGUGCCCAUCAGUGCAGCCUCAUUAGCGCACAUCAGUGAAAGGAGAAAAAUCACUUAUUUACAACAAUUUUAUAA